AUGACGCACUUGUGUGAGUGUCCUCUGCGGCUGGAAAAGGGCUUCAUCUUGGAUGGAGUGGCCGUGAGCAGCAUGGCCCGCACCUAUGAGCGCACGAGGCCCAAACUCUGGUCUGCAAUCCCGCCUUACAACGCGCAGCAGGACUACCACGCCCGCCGCUACUUCCAGAGCCACGUGGUUCCACCUGUUUUGCGGAAAACUAAACAGGAUCAUGGCGGUACAGGAAGGGACGGCUGGAUAGUAGAUUAUUUCCACAUCUUUGGACCAGGACAGAGAUACCUCAACAGGAGAAACUGGGCGGGGGCAGGGCAUUCCUUCCAGCAGGUGACUGGGCAUGACUACUACAAUGCAGAUCUGAAACAGUUCAAGGGGUUCAAUGGUCAGUUUGGCUACCGCCGGAACACCCCAGCCCUCCGCCAGCGCACAUCCGUCUUUGGAGAGGUCACCCAAUUCCCUCUCUUCUAA